AUGGACCUCACACCGAUCAAGAUUCGAGGCAAAAAACGGAAACACUCUGCACUGAGUCUGCACCAGAAAGUCCAGUCAACCGCACAGUUGUCUUCACAAACAACAGCUACACAAUCAACAUAUACAGCAAAACGACCCAAGAGACCCAAGGUCAAGAAACCCACUGCCACGCCCGCCAUGCCGACACUCCAAGGCCUCCCACAGGAACUACUUGAAAUCAUCUUCCUGCAGAGCAUGAACAUUGCCCUCCCACGAUGUUCACCAACCCUGGGCCGGAAACUGUCGUCUCGGAAAGUGACUAUGGACUUCACCAUGCAAUCUUUCUUUCAAACAGUCGAUCACAAGACGCACUACCGGGAUCGCAACCGGAAUUGCAUUGGCGAUGCAGGGCUCCAAUCCGAAGUGAUUGCGAGUCGAUUCUUCACCUUUGACUUCUUCCUCGCCUACGUGCACCGUGCACAUGACGCCUUGAUCAAGCUACGAGGGAAAGCCUGGAAGGAGACGGGUGUUCGUGUGAUGGGCGUGGAAGUCUUUGAGGGACUGUGGCCGUACAAGUUCAAUCAGAUUUCCUACUUGGGCUUCGCAGAGGGAUUCCACAUUCCAGAAAAACUACUACAUGGACCGUGGACACAGGACAAGGCUUCACUGCUGUAUGUUCUCGUGAGCUUGAGCGGUGAGAUUGACUGGGAAGGUAGUAUGGCGGGGGAGGUCGCCAAGACUGGCAUCAAGGAAGCAUUGAGAGAAGGGAACGAAUAUGCAGUGGCUGCAUUGGCGGUAUUACUUGGUAUCGCGAAAGCUAUCUCCACCGACAUCCUGAGAUACGCAGUCAUACAAUGCGAUUGUCCAAUCAACAUGCUACGCCAUCUGCUCUUCAAUGCGCAGAUCCUCGGUCACUAUAUGUCUAGAGAGACGCUGGAUUUUCACGAUCCUAAGCUCUGGGCCUGGGCUGAUGCGCAUGGCGAGAGAGGAAAUGUGCUCACGGGCAUGCUCAAGGACGCCGAGGAGUUUGCACUGGAGUUCUUCUUCGAAGAGGAUUCAGAUUGGAGCAAGAUUGUAAGCUUUCCAUAUGGUGGCAGCAAGUUCGACACGAGGACAAGUUUCAACGACAUGGUGAGGGAGCUAUUAGAGAAGCUCUAUCAAAACUAUGGGAGACGCAUCACAACACCGACACGACAACGGUCUUAG